AUGGCUGAAGAGAGGCUUGGUAAGUUUAUAAAACGCACUUUUUUGAUCGCUCACAUCAAUGAACAAACAACUGCACAUCUUCGUCAAAAUAGCAAAGCUAUGAAUCAGCAUAAUAGCAACAUGAAAGCUGUUAAGUAUUAUACUAUAAAAAAGGGUUUGCCACUUUGA